AUGCGCUCCAAAGAGAUUGAUGGAUGGCAAGCCAUUCAAGAAAGUAAAAUAUGGGAUUUACCUGAAGGAGAAAAAAGAAUCUUGUCAAGUUUGAAGUUGAGUUUUGAUGAACUGAAAUCAUCAUCUUUGAAGCAAUGCUUUGCCUAUUGUUCAAUUUUCAUCAAAGAUUUUGAAAUUGAAAAGGAUGACUUGAUCCAACUUUGGAUGGCUCAAGGAUUGCUUCACCCUUCUCCCAAAAAUAGUGAUCUAGAGAUGGAGGAUGUAGGAAAUCAAUAUUUCAAUAUUCUGUUGGAGAACUCUUUUUUUCAAGAUGUUAGAAAGGAUGACAAUAAUGUGAUUACCCACUGCAAGAUGCACGAUCUUGUGCAUGAUCUUGCAGAAGAUGUAUCAAAAUCAAAGACCAAGGACUCCAAUGGCAUUCGACAUAUGGCACAGAUUUCAACCAUAGAAGUACAAGGAGUUCCAAAGGGAAUUGUUCAUAAAGUGCGCUCAAUGUUUGUUGGUGAAGUUUUUGGUAACAUAUUACCAAAAUUUAAAGGUUUGCGUGUCUUAAAAUUAAAGGGGGAUUUUAUUGAUGAGUUGCCAAAUUCAAUGGGAAAGUUGAAACACUUGAGGUAUCUAGAUAUUUCAGCAACAAAUAUAAAAAAGCUCCCCCAAUCUAUUGGCAAGCUUUAUAACCUACAGACGUUAAGAAUGUGCAAUCUCUAUCUUCUAGAGUUUCCAAAGGAACUGCAAAAUUUGACCAACUUGAGACAUAUUUAUUUUGAUAGAACAUAUGGAGGUACAAUAUGUCCAGUUGGCAUGGGGCGGUUGAAUAAUCUGCGAUCAUUAUCUUUUUUCAUUGUGGGUAAGGAGACAGGUCGUGGAAUAAAGGAGCUGGGUGGCUUAAAGCAUUUGAAAGGCGAAUUAUGUAUUUAUGAUCUGAAGCAUGUGAGAGAUGGAGAAGAAGCAAAGGAGGCAAAGUUAGCGGAGAAGACAAACAUACGCAGACUAAAGUUAACAUGGUCAGCAAACGAAGAUUGGUCAAGGGUCAUCAAUAAUGACAGCGAUGUACUAGAAGGCCUUAAACCGCACUCUGCAUUGGAAAUUUUAGAGAUUCGCAACUUUAGAGGUGAUACAUUUCCACCCUGGAUGAUGUGUAGAGAUUUGUUUUCUUCAUUGAAAAGAUUAACUGUUAAAGGUGCAACGAAGCUAAUUGGAUGGACGGAAGCAAUGACAAGGCCAACAGAAAGAAUAGUUGUGUUUCCUUGCCUUGAGGAGAUGGUGUUGAGUGAGUGCCCCCGUCUGGAGUGCAUCCCAAUUACACCUGAAGGUAUCACAUCCCUCCGCAAAUUACAGAUUUCAAAUUGUGAUGAAUUAUCAAGCUUACCGAUGGGGUUACAACAUUGUACCUCUCUUGAGCACUUGUCAAUAAGCAAUUGCUUGGAAACUCGAAGCUAUUCCAAUCACAAACGGCCUCCCAUCUCUCUGCCAAUUAAAGAUUUCAGAUUGUGA